ACGCUCCGGAAACGUAUUUGGCAUCAGCGGCAGCAGGAGCAGCAGGAGCAGCAGCAGAAGCGGCAGCAGCAGCAGGAGGGGCAGCAGCAGGAGCAGCAGGAGCAGCAGUAGGAGCGGCAGCAGUAGCAGGAGCAGCAGCAGGAGCAGGAGCAGCAGCAGGAGCAGCAGCAGGAGCAGCAGUAGGAGCGGCAGCAGCAGGAGCAGCAGCAACAGCAGGAGCAGCAGCAGCGGCAGCAGCAGCAGCAGCAACAACAGGAGCAGCAGCAGCGGCAGCAGCAGCAGCAGCAACAACAGGAGCAGCAGCAGCAGGAGCAGCAGUAGCAGUGGCAGCAGCAGCAGGAGAGGUAGAGGCAGAAUCAGUAGGAGCAGCAGCAGCAGCAGGAACAGCAGCAGGAGCAGCAGCAACAGUGGCAACAGAAGCAGCAACAGAAGCAGCAGCAACAGAAGCAGCAGCAGCAGGAACAGCGGCAGGAGCAGCAGCAACAGAAGCAGCAGCAGCAGCCGCGUGAAGUCUUCGUCCGAUCAUUCUCGAAAUGCCGGAGUUCUUGGCCGACCGUGGCUCCAUGGGAGGAGGAACCCUCGCGUUGAGCGCGGACCGGCACGUGGCGUUUGUGCUGGGCACCACGCUGACGAUGGAACCGCACCUGGCGGGCGUCACUGAGCUCGUGGCGCGGACGCUGCUGGAGAGGUCGCAGGCGGGCGCCCACACGCUCUUCAACAUCGUCGAGUUCAACGGCCAGGUGACGCGCUGGUGCGAGCGCAUGGUGCCGUGCACCCCGCGCGCGGCGCGUGAGGCCGUCCGCUGGCUCCGCUCGCUGCGCUGCCGCCCCGGCUCCGACGGCGCCGUCGACGCACUCCGCUCCGCACUCUCCGACGCGGAUUGCGACGCCGUCUGCCUGCUGGUGGCGGCGGGGGGCGACGCCGGCCGGGACGGAUGCGUGGCCGCCGCCGCCGUCGCGGGAGGGCGGCCCGUUCACGUCGUGUGCGUCCUGGCCGAGAGCGAGAGGGCGGACGGCGGAGACCGAGCGGCGCUGGAGCGGCUGGCGAGGGGCACGGGCGGGUCGCUGCACGUCGUGCGCUUCGCGAGGGGAGGUGCCGUCGAACACAUGGUGCCGGUGCUGGUGAGCGCGACGCCGCCGUGGGUCGUGGGCGGCGUGAAGCGCUGCACCGUGUCCACGUCGCUGGAGCACAACCCGCUGCUGCCGGGCGUUGACGCAGAGGGCAGCCUCGCAGCCGCCGAGCGGUGGCCACACGGCGUGGCCCACUCCCUGCACCACGAGCUGCACCGUCGGCGCUGCGUGACGGCUUGCCGCCACCUCGUGUCAUGCGUGUGCGCGGGCCGCUGCGCGUGCGUGCCCGUGUGCGCGUGCGCGGGACGGUGCACGUGCGUGCCGGCGUGCGUGGUGGCGUGCGCGUGCGUGGGACCGUGCCGGUGCGCGUUGCUGCACGCGCACGUCAGCGCUGGCACCAGCGACAGCUGCGUCCACUCUGGCGCGGGAGCGCUGCUACGCGGGACGCGCGUGCUCGCGAGAAGGGAGCCCGACGGAUAUUACUACCGGGGCACCGUCUGUCAGGAGCUGGAGGGCCCGCUGGGCAGAUUCCUCGUGGAGUUCGACCUGCCGACGGGGUCGCGGGGUCGCGGCGGCACGGCCACCGCCGCCAGCCCACGGGCGCGCAUGCAGGAGACGCUCCUGAGCGACGUGAUCCAGCACACGGACGCGCUGCGCCACCCCGUCCUGCCGGGCGACUGCGUGCUGGCUCCGUGGAAGCCGCUCGCCGACCGAUACGGGCCGGGCACCGUGCUGCAGGGCGUGGAGCCGCGCCGGCAGCUUGCGCUCGGACAAGGGCACGCCGGAGACGAAUGCCACGGCGACGCCGCCGACGGCGCCGCGCCCAUCGUGGUGAACUUCUGGAACGGGCGCACGGAGCGCGUGGCGCCCGGCGUCGCCGUGUGGGUGCCGCGCCGCCUCUACGAGCGCGUCGUGCUCGAGCUGCAGAUGCCGCUGAGCGCCCGCCGGCGCCUCCGUGCGGCGUCACCGCCGGGGAGCGGACACGGGCUCGCUCUGCCGCCGGCGUCGGCGUCGGCGCCGUUCGCUCACCUCCACGGAUUUUCCACCGGCUCCGUGUCCCCGUGCUGCGUGGACACGGGCCGGAUCUACCCCACGUCCUGGAUGCCCGCGCUGCCCUGCGGCUGCCCCGAGGGAGCGCUGUGCGACGGGCAUCGCCACCCGCUCUGCUGCACGUGCCACUCCCGGGACCUCCUCCACGACGGCACGGGGUGGCUGCCGCCGACGCCGCCGGCAUCACCGCCGCCGGCGCUCGGCGGCAAGGAGGUCAAGUCGGGGCGACGCAGGUCGUCGUCGUCGUCGUCAUCGUCGUCGUCGUCGAGUUCGUCUUCAUCGUCGGACGACGACGUGGAUGUGGAGCGUGGGGGGUUCGGGGCCGGCCGCUCGAGGAGGGCGCGCCGGUCGAAGGCACGCAGGGCCGGCGACGCCGACCGCGGCACGCGGGAGCGGCGCGCGGAGAGACCGAGCCAGGCUUCGCUGAGGGAGAGGCCCGAGUGGAAGUACUGGGCCGGCACGGCGACCUCGCCGCACCACCGCAAGCCGGGCUCCUCGCGCUCGCCUAGGCCACGGAGCCUGAGCGCCGGGGACAUCAGAUCGGCCGUCGUCGCCGAAGCCGCGCCGCCCAUCAACACCAGCUCCAUGUUCUCGGCGGUGGUGAACCCCCAGCGCAGGAGUCGCGCGGUCCAGUCGUCAAUCCUCGCCCACGCCAGCCUGGACUAUACCACCGGCUCCAAGGGAGGCGCGGCCCGCCCGGGCGCCCUCUUCGACCGCCUCGGCGCGUCGGACCGAGCUCGCGCCCGGCAGGAGACGGAGGCCGAGCGAGGCCGCCGGGAGGAGGUGUGGCGACGCUUGGAUCACGAUCAGCGGCGGCACUCGCGCGCCGAGCAGCGGCAGGUCCUCACCGAGCGGCACAGGCGAGACCGCACCCUGGAGCGCCUGUCGGGGGAGGCCGCGCGGCUGGUCGACCGCGAGCGCCAGGAGGCCAACUCAUCGGCCGCGCGACGCACGGCGCUCUCCCGCGCCGAGGAGCUGGCGCGCUCGCACGCGAGGGACGCGCGCGAGGGCGAGCGGGCCCGGCUGCGCGCGGCCGCCGAGCGGCAGCGGGCCCACGACGGGCAGCGGGCCGCCGCCACCGAAGCGGCCGAGAGGAAGGAGGGCCGUCGGCAGGAGGCGCAGCAGCAGCGCGUGCAGGAGCACAACCGGCGCAUCGCCGAGUCUCUGCGCGCGUCCGACGAACGCCUCCUCCGCCGGGACACGGCGCGGCGAGUCCAGAUCUCUGCCCGCGACGGACGCUCGCCUCCCGCCUCCGUGUAGCCCGGCUCUCCAUCCACUCCCCCCCUCCUGACCCCGAGUGACCCAGAUCUCCUCCUGCUCCCCUCCCGAGUGACCCAGAUCUCCUCCCGCUCCCUCCCCUUCCACCUCCGUGUAGCCCAGCUCGCACACACACACACACGUACAUCCGUGUGCGUGUACGUGUGUGUGUGUGUGUGUCGCCGGUGUGCCCGUCGGUUGGGGACCUGUGGGAUUACA